AUGGCAGCUAGCUUGACGACUCAAGAAAGAGAUAUUAAGAUUAUAAUGGACACUUUAUCGUCAAUGAGGAGUGCUAAUAAUAAUCCAACACCUGAAAUCAAAAAAAUCAGAUCUGAUAGAUUAACAGACCCAGAUCCAUCAAGUCAACCCAUAAAACCCUGGCUUCAAGAACCUACACUUCGUCCAGAUAUGCACACUUUUCUUACACAAUUGGCUAAUUUACACAAACUUUAUUGUUCACCAAGAAUUAUACCACAUGAUAAAAGCCAAAAUUCCAAUAAUACUGCUGCAUUUCAUGAAAAUCCGACUGCUUUAUACAACUUGGGAAGCAUCUAUUAUGAAGGCAAAUUGAAUUUACAAGUAGAUCAUAAACUAGGAAUAAAAUUUUAUAAGAAAGCAGCAUUAAAAGGUCAUGAUAAAUCAAUUCAAAGAUUAAGUAGUUUAAAAAUAAGUGUUUAUGAUGAUUAA